AUGCCUUUUCAAAUGGAGUUGCUUAUCUAUUCUAAUUAAGACAACUCUUACUAUAUAUUUUCAGCAAGUGUAAAUACAACAAAAGAUUUUAUAGCAUAAUUUAUUUAGGACUUAACGAAUCAAGCACAAGAAUAUUUUAGUAUUUAUGUUAACAAAGCAGGUUAUUACUCAAUCAGUAUUCUGCAAUCAGGCAAGGUCUCUCCAACUAUUAGAAACACUGGGAUAAAGGCUCAAACCGGAUUCAGCUAUAUCGUAUUUUACAUUGAAUCCUUCGGGAUAGGUGAUGUGAAACGAAUAAACAUAAAACUUUAUGUCAGAAAUAACAAUAACGCUAGAUUGGGAGCAACAUAUCCUAAUUCAUAUUAGGAAAAUGAUAUGAUUGGUCUGCCUUAAGAACCUACUGUUGGUACAGCUAAAUAUUUAUUUGGACACAAGGGGGAAUACGAUAAAGUAUAUACCUCUAUGCAUCUAGAUGGCAUUAUUAUGUUUAUGAGGACUAGUGAAAGUCAAGAUCUUACAACUGCUUUGAAUGCUGAUUCUAGGGUUGAUGCCGUUUGGAUAACUCUUUACUCCAACCCACCCACUAAUCUAAAAACUAUGCUGUCUAACGAUAUGACUUACAUAGCUAAGUAUGAUUUGACAGACCUCUAUAGUGGAGAUUAGAUUGUGCCCGAUUAAAAUGAUGCAACAUUUACGUCAGGAGCAUUAUAAUAUGGGACUAACAGCCUUAUGCUAGGCUCAAGUAUUUCCACUGAUGAUAGCGAUCCAAUCUACGUUCCUAAUCAAGGUAUCUUAUUUGGAUAGGGCCAAUAACUUCUGGGCACAGAUAAGAUUCAGCUAACAUCUAAAUAGAGCAUUGAUUUUACUGUAGAGGUAUGGUACAGACUUAAUUACUUCGCCUCUAUGACAAAAGGUAGGUUCCAGACUUUGAUUAAGAAAGAUAAUGACUUUGGUAUGGAAAUAAGUGAUACUUCUCUUAGAGUGUAUUUCAUGGGUAAAUUCUAAGAUGCUACAGUCCCAAAAGAGAUAUAUAACCUAGUCAGUAAAAGAUAUAAUAUCUCAAGACUGAAUAGAUUAGAGGAGAUAAAUUCUGAAUGGAGAAUGAUUUCAGUAAACUACCGUAGAUCUUUGUAAUUUCAGAGUACUGAUGUUUUUAUUUACUUUGACUUGAUGCCGCCAAUAAAGCUCACAUUUUUGAAUGGAGUUUACACUAAUGAUCCAACAAAGGAUAUAUAUGUGGGUUCUAAUUUUGAAGGGAUCAUAAGAUCUGUUUUUAUCUAUAGUAGAUUCAGUCUAAAUACUUAUUUCGCUGUCAACUCUACUGAUUCAAAGACUUAUGAAUACUCAAAGCCUUACUAUGAGUUCUUGACUAUAAAUGACUUUGAUGAUGACAAUCCAACAUGUGAUAGACAAUCUUGGUCUUAGAGAAAAUGCAAGGUUUGCUCUAAGCAUAAAACCUCUAGCAGUUUCCCAGCUAAUCAAUGCUAUUCAACUUGUCCUCUAAAUUCAUAUGGCACAUCCUGCAAGGAAUGUGAUAAUAAAUGCUAAUUUUGCACAUACUACCUUCCAGACUCAUGUCUAGUUUGUAAUUCAGAUGAUCCUUCAUUGCCCUUAUACACAAACUUAGUUGGCUGGUGUAAAAAGGACUUUGGCUAUUAUAAAAGCUCAAUAACUGGCACCUAUGAAAAAUGUGAUGAUAGAUGUAUAAGUUGCACCGAUGGAUCAAAUUAUUGUGAGAGAUGCAGCUAAGGAGCAUAUAAAGUUGAUGGAUCAUAUUGUGUCUGGGAAUGCCCUGUGGGUUAUCAGAAAAAUACUAAAAGUGGUAUUUGUUAAGUGGACUCAGAGUCUAAGAUCAGAGCAGACUCACUAUAUUCGGGAAGCAAGUGUUCCUCUGGUUAUUUCUAUGAUUAAGAUCAAAAUAUCUGCAGAGUUUGUAAUAGUAGUUGCUUGACCUGCUUUGGUGGUGGAGAUAAUUACUGUUUAACUUGCAGAGCUGGAAAGAUUUUAGAUUAUGAAAGCAAAUGUAGGACCUGUAAUAAUACAAGUCAAUUUACUAUUGGGCCUUUAGGCUAGUGUUAAGAGAUAUGUGGUAAGGGAUAUAAUCUUGGGCAGUUAUCUUGUGACGAUAGCAAUACUAAAAGCAAAGAUGGCUGCUCCAGCUUAUGCCAAAUAGAAUAAGGAUGGAUUUGCUCUAAGGGUAAUCUAACUCAAAAGUCUACAUGUAGCUAUAUAAGAACAACAUUAAGAGGAAUUAAGUUGACAAACUCCAAUUAAGUUUAUCUUGAAUUUGAUAGACCAGUUUAUCCCAACAUAUCAUCUAUUAUUUCUUCCUCUCGGACACUUAGCUAAAGUACAAUUAGUCAAUCAUUUAGUAAGAGUAACUUUAAAAUGCAGAUAUUAGAUUAAUCUGUAUAUAAUAGUAGCUGGACUAAUUAUUAAGGAAAUUGGGAUUUGGCUACUUCCUAAAAAUACCCUUCAAACAUUAUCGCCAUUUAUACUGAUUUUAACAAAACUGCUUUUGACUAUAGCAAUUAUUACAUUAAAGUUAUUAUUCUAAAUACUUCGAUCAUAAUUGAUUAAAAUGGCUAUUCUAUUGAUAAUCAAUCUAUUUUUGCUAUAGCUGAACUUAGAAAAUUAGAUUAUGAAACUUAAGGUGUUAAUUAUAUUGAUCCUGAUAAAUUUGAUAUGAUUACUUAGUUUGUCACAGGAAUUUUAUUCUGCUAUGUGGCAUCAAUAUGUAUAAUCUUUAUAAGUUCUCUUAUCUAUUAUAAACCAGUAUCAGAGGCUAUUGUAAUUUUGAUUGCAUUAUAAUAGUUAUACUGCAAUCAUCUUAUUAAUUUUUCAUCAAGAGCCAAUUAAAGCUAUUUAGUAAUAUACCUCUAGUCCUAUAAAUUUGCACUAUUCACUUGGAAAUUUGAAGGUUAAAAAAUAUUUAUAGAAUUUCUAAUCAAUGAUUUUAUUAAGAAAAAUGCAUAUGGGUAGUAGUUUAGUGAAAGUGGCUAUUACUAUAACCAAAAUUUAGUUAAUCUAUCACAUUAGAUAGUCUUUUGGCUUUUGCUUUACCUCGUGUUUACUCCAUUAGCUUAUGUAAUAGGUACUAUAUUGCAAAGAGGCUUUAAGAAUAAUGAAAGAUUAGUGACUUAUGGGAAUGCUUUGACUAAGAAGUCAUUGUUCUCAAUUGGCUUUUAAUUCUUUAUUGUCUUCUUUAUGCCAUUAGUAUUGCCAUCAUUAUUAGAACUAAAAUAUGCAAAUGAUAACACAUUAUCAUCCCAAAAUGAUCCCACAGGAGAUUAAUAAGAUUCACUUAAUUCAGCAAUUACCAUUUUAUCGUUCUUAUUUCUUUCUUUUGUGCUACUAAUCUUGACAUUGCUAAUCAAUAAGAGUUAUAUCAACGAGUUAAAAGUGCAGAAUAUGUUUGGAUCUUUAUUCAACCCUUUCAAAGCAACAAUGAUAUCAUAUUAUCUCUACCCAUUCUACAUUUUAAAAAGUCUGAUUUCCUCUUUAGUCAUUGUAUUUGCGAGAGAUAAUUGGGAAUCAUAAACUCUGCUUUUGGCUCUUAUUCAUGUAUUUAUGACACUAUAUGUUACCUUCAUGCGGCCAUUUAAACUUAAAAAUAUGAACUUGUUUACAUCUUUCAUUGAAUUUUCAAUAUUUGGGCACUAUGUAGUAUUUAUGAUUACUCAGUUUUAGAAUUUAGAAAAUUUUAGCAAAGUAUUUAUACUGAUGAUAUAUGACUCGGCAAUGGCUCUAGGAACUCUAACAAUAAUUUCAUAUAAUACUACUUCAUCUCUAUAUAAAUGGAUCUAUUGGAGGAAAACCGGGAAACUACCAAUGAGGAAAAAGAUAGCCAAGCAUAUUACUACAUCUAAGCCAAAAACAUAAGUUGUACUAGAUACAAGCUAAAUCGGCUUGCUAGAAAAAAGCACAAGCAUUGCCUUGGGUAAAGAUAAGCAUCAUACUAAAAAUAUUAAGAAUAAUACUUUCAUAUAAGCCUUAGACAAUGAUGAUAAGAAAGAUAACUCUGCAAUUAAUAAGAAGAAAAAAAAUAUUUCUUAAAUACAAGCGUUUGAAAAUCUCGAUGAUCCACAAAAUCUAUCAAUCUAUGCCUCAAGCCCAAGUCCUAUUAGAACUCACAAUGACACCUAUCUCAAUAAUACUACUCUAAAAGACGCAAAUGAUAUCACUAGAAUCCAAAAUGAUAUUUAAGCCAAUUAAGAUUAUAAUAAAAUUGCUAAAAGGGAAAAAGGUAAAUAAAAGAAAAUUGCCUUCGAUAGACUCAAUUCUAAGUCGAAGUCUUCGAUGUCUUUGAAUUAUAAUCAAGAGUUAUUUGAUGAUUUUGAAAGAGAUAAGUAAAUUAAUCAUAAUGAUGACAAAGUCAAAUUUAAAAAAUCAAGCAAAAAAUUUAAGAGUAAUACCAAACUAGGACGAUUCCUAUGA